AUGAACACCAACCUCUGCUCCACAUCCUCCACCACAUCAGAUUCCUGCUCAUCCGACUCCUCCUCCGGCGGCCGAUCCGGCCGCCCCGGGUCAACCCGGAUCAAGGGCCCAUGGAGCGCGGAGGAGGACCGGGUCCUGACCCGGCUCGUCGACCGCCACGGCGCCAGGAACUGGUCCCUCAUCAGCCGCCACAUCGACGGCCGAUCGGGAAAAUCCUGCCGCCUGCGGUGGUGUAAUCAGCUCAGCCCCACCGUCCAGCACCGCCCCUUCUCCCCGGAGGAAGAUCAAACCAUCCUCGCCGCCCACGCACGGUAUGGAAAUCGCUGGGCCACCAUUGCCCGGCUGCUCCCCGGCCGGACCGACAAUGCCGUCAAGAACCACUGGAAUUCCACUCUCAAGCGCCGCGCCGCCAGCAGAGGAGCCGGGGCUUCCGGGGAGGGGAUUUUUCAUCAGCGGGCGGCGUCGGACGGGAAUUACAAUCAGGAGUAUUGUUGGAAUUACGGCGAUGCGGAGAUGGCGGGGCCGCCGGCGGCGGUAAAGGAGGAGGAGGAAGAGGAGGCGUUGACCGCGCUGACUUUGGCGCCGCCCGGGAUGGGGAGCGGCGGCGGCGGGGAACAGGGGAUGGUGAUGGGCAAUGCGGUGGUGGAGGAGAGGAGGGCGGAGAGCUUGCCGGCUGGGUUUUGGGACGUGAUGAGGAACGUGAUUGCGAAGGAGGUGAGGGAGUAUGUGAAUUCUACGGUGACGGACAGCCCGACGUCCGCCGCCGCCGCCGCUAGUUUUUUCCGUUGA